AUGAGUUCAAAACAAAACGUCAGUAUGACCAAAAGUGUGAAUAGCUAUAAAAUAUUUAUGUUCUUCUCGUUUUGCAAUCACAAAAAAAACUCGACGCAAUAAAAAAAUUCGAAAAAAAUAUACAUGAAUGAAAACCAACUUUUAUUUAUUCAGCUUUUUCCCAUCUCAUUUCGAAUAUUUUUUUUAGGAAACAUGCGAACGAUCAUGUGGAAAAUGGAGAAAUACACAAGUAUGUAACCUCGAAAAAUCAAUUGGAAAUUGUCAAUUAGCGGUGCCAAAAUGGUAUUUCGAUAAACAAUUUGGUGAAUGUAAAUUAAUGAUGUGGUCUGGAUGUGGUGGAAAUGGGAAUAGUUUUACAUCAAAAGCUGAUUGUGAAACAUUGUGUAGAGAAGAAGUUAAUUGGUCAUUAACAAAUCCUGAGAAUAUUUGUGAACUUCCACGAUCUUCUGGACCAUGCACUGAUUCUAUCUCAAUGUGGUAUUUCGAUAAAACAGUCGGAGAUUGUCUUCAAUUUACUUAUGGUGGAUGUAGAGGAAAUGAAAAUCGAUUUGUUACAAAAUCACAAUGUCAACAAAGAUGUUCGGGAAUUCCAAAAAGUAAAGAGGAUAUUUGUCGAUUACCGUUUGCAACUGGUCCUUGUAGAAUUGGAAAUAUCAAGAAAUAUUUUUAUGAUCCUUAUACUCAAACUUGCCAACAAUUCCAUUAUGGAGGAUGUGAAGGAAAUGAAAAUCGGUAGGUUUUUUGGAGUUCAAUUUCAUCAUAAAUUAUAUUUUUCAGUUUUGAAAGUGAACUUGAUUGUUACCGUCUUUGUUCAAGUGUCAAAUCUUCCUCUUCCGAACUUCCUCAACUUCCUCAACUCUCUGAUUCUUCAACUCCAGUCAUUUAUUUGAUCGAUAAGACAACUAUUUUCACUGGAAACACAUUCAGAAUUCGGUGUAAUAGUUAUGGAGUUCUUCCAAUUACUUGGUACAAAAAUGGAGGUUUACUGCAAUUCGGCUCAAGAAUCACCGAAGAAAAUGAUGAUACUUUGGAAUUUGUUGAUGCUUUGACAUCUGAUGCUGGUGUUUAUUCUUGUAUUGCUGGAGAAGAAUCAAAAAUGAGCGAAGGGGUUGAAGUGGUGAUCAGAAGAGGAUCUACCACCACAAGUACAACAAUUCGUCGUCGAAUCACAACUGCAAUGCGACCAAUCAUAACAUCGACAACCACAACAACCUCUACAGUACCACCACCAGGUUCAUGUUAUGAUGCUGGAAGUGCAGCAACUUGUAAUUUGGUCGUCAAAAAUGGAUUAUGUUCCAAAAAGCGAUAUGGCAAUUUCUGUUGUCGAACAUGUAAACAAUCUUCGCAAAAGCAUCAAUAA